CAUAAAUUAUAAAUUCAUAAUUCUGGGUGCCAACUUCAUGAACCUAAUGUCAAGAUAUCAACCACAGAGCAAUAUCAAUUUGACAAAUAAAAUAUGAAUACCGACAUACAAUACCUACAGAAUAGGUUUUAAAGUCGUGCUUUGGUAAUUGGUUCGUGUUGCAAUGGCAAUGUGGUUAGGAGUUUAGGAUAGUAAAACAUUUUUAUACAGUAUAAAAACAUGGAUCAUAGACCUGAAACAAAUAUGAAUAUUAAUUCAGGCGAACCAGUGACUAAGAAACGUCGAACAUACAAUGACUGUGAAACGGAAACAACAGGCAAACAAAAAUCAGAAUUGCCCCCUUUAUCUCAAAAAAAAGAAACUAGAAUACGAAAGAAGCCCGUUGCUAGUAUCCGUUUGAAAAAUAGUGGUGAAAAUGCAGCUUUAACUGUACCUACAGAUAAUCGUGUACCUUUGUUGCUUACUGAUGUACAAUAUUUACUUCUACAUUCAUUAUUAGGAAAUAUUAAUUUAAUACAACCUCCACGCUGGUAUGUGAUAGACAAAUGUAACAAUGUAAGUCAAACAACAUGUAUUAUACUUGAAGGUUUAUCAAUUAAACAUUGGGAAAAAUAUCGAGAGACUAUGCUCAAGACUAAAAAAAUAUUUAAUUUAGUUGUAGAAAUAGUUACACCAUCAGUUUACAAUGGAUCAUUAGUCAGAGAGCUUGCAUUAGUACCACUAUCAGAAUCUGAAAAAGAAACCAUAAUACAACAAUAUGGAAGUAUGAACUUAGCUUUGGAAGUAAGGAAAGACUUAAUGAUAAUGAUGAGAGCCAUUUUUCCUGUAAGAAAUGGAGUAUCUGAAAAUUUUGAAAACAUUUCUCUUGAGGAAAAAUUUUCAAGAACACAACUUAUACUAUCUGCUUGGCAAUUAAUCGAAGAAAAUUAUCCAGUUCCUUUAAAUGGAAAGUUAAGGAAAUUAUAUGCAGAUUAUGUUAUGUCUAAAGAUGAGUAUUCUCCAGUGACAGCGACAUCUCCAAUGUUUGGCCUAGACUGUGAAAUGUGCAUUACUAGAGUCGGCUCUGAGCUAACUCGUAUCUCUGUGGUGAACGAAAAGCAUGAGGUAGUUUAUGAAUCACUUGUGAAACCUUACAAUAGUAUCACUGAUUAUGUAACAAGGUAUUCUGGAAUAACAAAAUCAAUAUUAGAAAAUGUUACUAAAAGGCUAGAAGAUGUACAAACAGAAUUAAGAGAAUUAUUACCUCCUGAUGCCAUUCUAGUUGGCCAAUCUUUAAAUACAGAUUUACAUGCAUUAAAAAUGAUGCAUCCUUACAUAAUAGACACAAGCUUAAUUUACAAUUUAAAUGGGGAAAGGUCUAAAAAACCUAAACUUAAAGCACUUGCAAGAGAAUUUCUGAAUGAAGAUAUUCAAAAUCAGAGGGGUGGUCAUUGUUCUGUAGAGGAUUCUCUAGCUUGUUUAAAGUUAGUCCAGUUGAAGCUUAGCAGAAAUGUAGAAUUUGGAGAUGCUGUUCACCUGAAGAGGCAAACAUUUAAACAAAAUAUUUUAAAAGUGGCCACCCAACAACAGUAUGCUUGUUCUAUAUUCAACCAUGUUAUUGAACAGAAAAAGACAUCCUUAGUAGUUGGCUGUGAUAAUAUAACUGGAGAUUACCAUACAUAUUUAAAACAAGCCAAAGAAAGCCUAUGCAAUCAGUUCAAAAAGAAUAAAUCAAAAAAGGUCAAACUAAUAACGGUAGAUACAGUCGAAAAUGUUAUAGAUACAGUUAAAAAAUCUGUUGAUGAUUAUCAUUUAGUCAUGGGUCAUAUAAAACUGGACCAGUCUUCAGAUGAUACUCAAAUGAUAAACAAAAUUGAUGAGUGGAUUGAGGGGGUUUGGAGUAGUUUACAAGAAUCUGCUUUGUGUGUCAUUGUUUUUGGUGGUUCAACAGAUGAUAAUGGCGUUGCUAUGAUGAACGUAAAAGGUGCUACAAUCAUUAAAUAGUUAUCUUAAAUAGUUUAAGAUUAUAUAUAUUUUCUUUUUAAUUUAUACCCAUGUAUAAAAUAAUAGGUAAGAGAAUAAUAUCUGGAAACAAUGUAAUUUGUGUGGAAAUUGUAAUAAAAAUAAUUUUAAUAUAAGGAAUGGAAAAAAUCUUACUGCUCCUAUAAAUUUAAAAAGUGUACCUUGUGCACAUAUCUUUAUAUCUUAAUAUGAAAUACAUUUACAUACAUAAUAAGGAAAAUAUAGGCCAUAUAUUCGAUAUGUAUAUGUAAUUUAACAUCUUAUAGGGCUCACAAAAACAAUUUAACAUAUGUUAAUAUUGUAUGAUAGUGCCUAAUAAUUAAACUACUAUUUUUAAACUGUAAUUUCACAAUCUUAUGAAAAAAACAGACUUGCUACAAAAGAAAAUACAUCUUAUCAGACUCCUAUCUAAUGAAAUUAAGCUUCCAGAUGACCCAAUAAUUGUAAGUAUAAAUAAAAAAUAAUGUAAUAAUA